AUGAUCGCGUUCACUAUCGUUCUAAUUCUAUCAGCAGUGUUCUUUACGCUCAAAUACGUCUACACAUACUGGGACCGGCAUGGACUACCGAAUCUCAAACCGGAGAUUCCCUACGGAAACAUCAGAUCAUUGGCGGAGAAAAAAGAUUCGCUAAACGUGGCGAUAAACAACCUGUACGAACGAUCGUCGGAACGAUUGAUCGGUGUGUAUCUAUUCUUCCGGCCAGCUAUCCUCAUCCGUGAUGCUCACCUUGCAAAACGGAUCAUGGUGAACGAUUUCCAGCAUUUCCAAGAUCGCGGCGUGUAUUGUAACGAGCAUGGCGAUCCAAUGUCAGCGAAUCUAUUCGCGUUACCCGGUCAACGCUGGAAAAACUUACGCUCAAAGCUGACACCGACCUUCACCUCUGGUCAAUUACGAAACAUGUUACCAACGUUUUUGAACGAGGGUCACAAGCUGCAACAGUACUUGGAAGAGCCUGCCCGGGAGCAGAAGAUCGUCGAUAUGCGUGACAUCACGUCACGCUAUGUGCUGGAUGUCAUCGCGUCUGUUUUCUUCGGGCUUGAGACGAACUGUCUUCAUAAUCCUUGUGAUCCGUUCCGAACAGCAUUGCUCGAUCUGAACAACCCCAGCAGUUUCCUUAAUAAUUUUAGAGCAAUAGGAGUGUUUCUGUGUCCUGCAUUGCUCAAAUAUACGGGAUUGAGCUCACUAUCGCCACCGAUGAAAAAGUUUACCUCCGAUGUAGUCUUCUCCCAUUUGCAUCACCGUGAAAGCAAUCAAAUAUCACGCAAGGACUUUUUACAGAUGUUGAUCGAGCUUCGUCGAAAUAGGAGUGAAAGUAAUCGUGUAUUGUUUUCUGAUGAUCAGUGCGCGGCAAACGUUUUCUUAUUUUAUUCUGCUGGAGCAGACACUUCCACUGGCACAAUAUCAUUCACGCUGCACGAGCUUACACACAAUGCAGAUGCAAUGAUGAAACUGCAGCAAGAGAUUGACGAUAUGAUGGAACGACACAAUGGUCAAAUUAACUACGACAAUAUCAAGGAGAUGAAGUACCUCGAUCAGUGUGUGAAGGAAACGCUCAGAAAGUAUCCUGCUCUUGCGAUCCUCAAUCGUGAAUGCACCAUAGAUUAUCGCGUGCCGGAUAGUGACGUUGUGAUACGCAAGGGAACGCAGAUUAUCAUCCCUUUGUUGGGGUACAGUAUGGAUGAGAAAUAUUUCCCUGAUCCGAACCUCUACUCACCAGAGCGAUUCGAUGAUGCCACGAAAAACUACGAUCAGGAUGCAUACCAUCCGUUCGGUUCUGGACCGCGCAAUUGCAUUGGACUGCGACAAGGAAUACUGGUAACGAAGAUAGCCCUCAUACUUAUGCUGUCGAAGUUCAACUUCUACUCAACCAUUCCAUCAAAAAUUACCUUCGAGAACGUAUCCAUAACUCUGGCGCCCAAGGGUGGGCUUCCGAUGAGGAUCGAAAAACGAACGAAUAAAUCAUACUGCAUUGAUUUGGCACACGCAUACAAAUGUUAUUCCGUAAUGAUUAUUUACACGCUCGGGCUCGUGGCAUUGCUGCUUUUCAUCGGACUGCGGUACAUUUACACAUACUGGGACCGGCAUGGACUACCGAACCUCAAACCGGAGAUUCCCUACGGAAACCUUAGAUCAUUGGCGAAGAAAAAAGAUUCGCUAAACGUGGCGAUAAACAACCUGUACGAACGAUCGUCGGAACGAUUGAUCGGUGUGUAUCUAUUCUUCCGGCCAGCUAUCCUCAUCCGUGAUGCUCACCUUGCAAAACGGAUCAUGGUGAACGAUUUCCAGCACUUCCACGAUCGUGGUAUUUACUGCAACGAGCAUGGCGAUCCAAUGUCAGCGAACUUAUUCGCGUUACCCGGACAACGUUGGAAAAACUUGCGCUCAAAGCUAACACCGACCUUCACAUCAGUUCAAUUACGAAACAUGUUACCAACGUUUUUGAACGAGGGUCACAAACUGCAACAGUACUUGGAAGAGCCUGCCCGGGAGCAGAAGAUCGUCGAUAUGCGUGACAUCACAUCUCGCUAUGUGCUGGAUGUCAUCGCGUCUGUUUUCUUCGGGCUUGAGACGAACUGUCUCCAUAAUCUUAGUGAUCCGUUCCGAAUAGCAUUGGUCAAACUGAACAAUCCCAACAGUUUCCUAAACAACAUUAGAGCGGCGGGAGUGUUUUUGUGUCCAGCAUUGCUCAAAUACACCGGGUUAAGCUCACUAUCGCCACAUAUGAAAAAGUUUACCACGGAUGUCGUUAGCACCAAUCUGAAGCAGCGAGAAAACGAACAAUUAUCACGGAAAGACUUCAUACAGAUGUUGAUCGAGCUGCGUCGCGAUACAAAUGAUACCUCGGAAGAAUUCCUCACAGAUGCACAGUGCGCGGCAAACGUGUUUUUGUUCUACACCGCUGGUUCAGAUACCUCCACCAGUGCUAUUUCUUAUACUCUGCACGAGCUUACACACAAUGCAGAUGCAAUGAUGAAACUGCAGCAAGAGAUUGACGAUAUGAUGGAACGACACAACGGUCAAAUCAACUACGACAAUAUCAAGGAGAUGAAGUACCUCGAUCAGUGUGUGAAGGAAACGCUUAGAAAGUAUCCUGCUCUUGCGAUCCUCAAUCGUGAAUGCACCAUAGAUUAUCGCGUGCCGGAUAGUGACGUUGUGAUACGCAAGGGAACGCAGAUUAUCAUCCCUUUGUUGGGGUAUGGUAUGGAUGAGAAAUAUUUCCCUGAUCCGAGCCUCUACUCACCAGAGCGAUUUGAUGAUGCCACGAAAAACUACGAUCAGGAUGCAUACCAUCCGUUCGGUUCUGGACCGCGCAAUUGCAUUGGACUGCGACAAGGAAUACUGGUAACGAAGAUAGCCCUCGUACUUAUGCUGUCGAAGUUCAACUUCUACUCAACCAUUCCAUCAAAGAUCACCUUUGAGCCCGUCACUGUCACACUAGCACCAAAUGGAGGACUUCCGAUGAGGAUUGCGAAACGGAUGAAUACCAAAACGUCGAUGGUGAAAAUAUAGUGCGUCUCGUUGCAUAAAAAUAUGCAUACUUUAUUAGUCCUAUUUUCGUCAUAUGUCAAUAAUUUUGCAAAUUUUAUUUGUAUGCAGGAACGAUUAUUUGGCUACGAGAAAAAUUGCAAGUGGCAGAAACCAUAAACAAGACGGACUUUGACCGUUCAACGGUU